UGUAGUUCCUUCCAAGGAUAAGGGCUUCUUGUCUGAGAGGUCUGCAACCAUUGCUUCAUUUCUCUAUUUAAGCCCCCCAACUCGAUGCAUUUAUAUGCAUCCUCUUACAACUCUAUUUUACUAAGCUGCUUCUUCCUGAUCUCGCUCUCGAGCAGCAAUGGCCAUUGCAGCUAACUUUCUUUUCUUCUUGUUUGUUGCUAUCUUCGCCAUUUUGAUGGCCGAAUCAAACUCUGUGGUUUGGGCAAAUAAGGCCAAUGAUGAUGCAGAGCAAUAUCUUCCGAACAAGGCGAAGUAUGGACAACGAAGUCUGAGGAUUUACCAAUGCCCCUCUCAGUGUAGCAGGAGAUGUUCCCAGACACAAUACAAGAAACCAUGCCUUUUCUUCUGCAACAAGUGCUGCAGCAAGUGCCUAUGCGUGCCUCCGGGAUAUUACGGUAACAAGGGGGUCUGCCCCUGCUACAACAACUGGAAGACCAAGAGGGGUGGCCCAAAAUGCCCCUAAAUUCAUCAGAAUUCUAUUAUCAUGACCUAAUCUGAUAUUUGCUUUAUCAUCCAUUUUUAAGCGUUAUUUGUAUUACUUCCCUUUGCCCAACCAAACCCUAGAGCUUUUACUUGAGGAAAAUGUUUGGUGGGAGGCAUUCUGAGGUUUUGCAGAGUUAUAUUCUGCGGAUCAUGAGUACUUAUUUCCAAUUUUAUCUUUAUGCUGUCUGGUAGCUUUCAAUUCUAGUUCUUGAGUAGCGACAUAUGCUGGUAAGUUUAGAUUGUACGAAAUCCAAACUAACGUGAUGAUCAAUGAAAAUCUUCAGGGCAUGGAACAGUGUAAUAUUCAUAUAAUAAUUGCAACAAUAAG